AUGGCUGUUGCUUCAAACGUAGUCAAGUAUGGGAUUGUAGGGGUGGGUAUGAUGGGUCGAGAGCACCUCAUCAAUUUGCACCAUCUUCGCUCGGAAGGCGUGGCCGUGGUAGCCAUAGCUGACCCCCAUGUUCCUUCCCAAAAACUCGCCUUGGACUUGGCUCACUCUUUCAAUUGGCCUCUAAAGGUUUUUUCAGGGCAUAAGGAGCUGUUGGAUAGUCUUCUCUGUGAUGUGGUGGUUGUGUCAACUCCAAAUAUGACCCAUCAUCGUAUUCUAAUGGAUAUAAUUAACCACCCCAAACCCCACCAUGUACUGGUGGAGAAGCCGUUGUGUACCACAGUUGCUCACUGCAAAGAGGUUAUUGAAGCCGCUAGAAAGAGGCAGGAUAUGUUGGUGCAAGUUGGACUGGAGUAUAGAUACAUGCCGCCGGUUGCUAAACUGAUAAACAUAGUAAAGGGUGGAAGUCUUGGCCAGGUCAAAAUGGUGGCAAUCCGAGAACACAGGUUUCCUUUCUUGGUUAAGGUCAACAAUUGGAACCGGUUUAAUGUUAACUCUGGGGGGACACUGGUAGAGAAGUGCUGUCACUUCUUUGAUUUGAUGAGGCUGUUUGCUGGAGCUAAUCCUUUUCGUGUGAUGGCUUCUGGAGCCAUUGAUGUUAACCACAAAGAUGAAAUAUAUGAUGGGAAGGUACCAGAUAUAAUUGACAAUGCAUAUGUUAUUGUCGAAUUUGAUAAUGGUGCUCGUGGGAUGCUUGACCUUUGUAUGUUUGCUGAAGGGAGUAAAAAUGAGCAAGAAAUAUCGGUGGUUGGUGAUGUCGGAAAGGGAGAGGCCUUUGUUCCUGAGAGUAUUGUACGUACUGGUACUCGAGUAGGUGGGAGAGAUGGUGUCAAGACUUUAAAAGCUGAGAAUGAUCAGAUAAAAUAUGAUGGGCUGCAUCAUGGAUCUAGCUAUUUGGAACACCUGCACUUCUUAUCUGCAAUUAGGGCUAAACAAGGACCUGCUGUUGAUUUGCAUGAUGGAUUAGUUUCAGUUGCCAUUGGAGUUGCAGCACAACUUUCCAUAGAGAAAGGCCGGUUUGUUACAAUUGAAGAAGUCAUGAAUUAGUUCAAUGUAUGCUUUCUGUAUAGGUCUUGAUAUUACUGGUGGGUUGGGGAUAAUGUUAUUGGAUUUUCUUCUCCUGUCCCAAUUAGACGUAUGUACAAAUUAAUGUUUUCUCAUGUAUUAAUAAACGUUCACUAAUAUUUACUUCUUUUUUGUAUGAACA